AGCCCAAAAUCAGAAAACAAGACGUCCAAGCAUAAAGGAUCAAAUAUUUUAUUUACUUCCUCUCAUCCUCCACGCAAACCCAAUUUCCCUUCUUCUUCUCCAUCAUCGAUCAAUUCGCUCUCUUCUCUUUUCUUCCACCGCCUACAAAGACAUAUUCUCAUAGCUCAACUUCGCUUUCACGUCUCUCUCUCUGUGCCGUUCCUUUUGUGGGUCGCUGGAUUUGUAGCUGCAUUCUCGUGUGGUAAAACAGGGAAUGGACUGGCUCUGUUGGUCAAUCGUCCGUCUUUGCAAAUGAUGAGUGGGGGGCAAAAGGCUCCAAACCUAUUCAACUUUUUUAAAUGGCAACGUGGUGAACAACCAUCAUCAUCGUCUUUGACCACUGGAUUGCUUGACAAUGUCUCACACGAGAUUGAGCUGUCUACCUACGGUGGGAUACCAAGUCCUGGCAGCGAGAGCCCGUCAGGACUUCUCAACGGAGAGAGCUUAACUGUUCAACCCAUCCCUGAUCUGGAUCUCUUCUUCGAGAGGCUCUACAGCUACUACAGAGACAAAGGCCUCUGGUGUAUUAUCGUCAAGUGGGCUGUUGAGCUUCUAAGCCUUGGCUUUAUCAUAUGCUUCUCUGGGUUUUUCCUCUUGUAUGUGGAUUGGCAUGGUCUUAAGAAUGCAAAAUGUGGGAUGGAUGCAGUUGAAUCGGGUACUAAACCAUGUGAUCUUGUCAAAGAAGCUAUCCAUGAACACCCUUUGUCCCCUUUCACGCUCACAACGGCUAUCAUCGUUGGAUAUUUGGCCCUCUUCUCUGUCUACUGGCUCUUCUGCUUCUUAAGGUUCUUCUCCCAGUUGAAGGAUACUUUGGACUUCAGGCACUUUUACUACAACAGUCUCAAUGUCACAGACAAGGAAAUCCUUACUAUGCCAUGGGAAACAGUCCUUGAAAAGGUUGUUCAGUUACAAAGCUCACAACGCCUUUGCGUGGUGAAGGAUCUUUCAGCUCAUGAUAUUGUUAUGCGCCUUAUGCGGAAAGAAAACUACUUGAUUGGCAUGCUCAACAAAGGUUUGCUUUCUUUCCCAAUCUCCCAUUGGAUCCCUGGUGCUGGUCCAGUAGUCAAAUCUUCCCCAGACGGGACACAAAAGCAUCACCUUGUGCUGACAAAGACCCUUGAGUGGACCCUCAACUGGUGCAUAUUGCAGAGCAUGUUUGACUGCAAUUUUCGUGUUAAAAGGGACUUUGUUUCGAAUCCCACAACACUGAAGAAACAGCUAUUCGUGGUUGGGAUUGCAAUGCUUCUCCUCUCACCGUUUCUUGUCAUCUUCAUGUUGGUGUAUCUAUUCCUAAGGCAUGCUGAACAGUUCUACAAUAAUCCAAGCACUGCUUCUUCUCGAAGAUGGUCCAAUUUGUCUAGGUGGCUCUUCAGGGAGUUCAAUGAGGUUGAUCAUUUAUUCAAGCAUCGGAUCAACAGCAGUGCAGAACACGCUUCCGAAUAUCUAAAUCAGUUCCCCUCACCUAUCAUCUCUAUCAUUGCAAAGUUCGUUUCUUUUGUGUCUGGUGGCUUUGCUGCUGUGUUAAUCAUCAUUGCGUUUCUCGAAGAAUCUCUCCUGGAGGGCCAUAUAUUUGGGCGCAAUUUGUUAUGGUAUGCUGCUGUUUUUGGAACUAUAACAGCCAUUAGUCGAGCUGCUGUUUCGGAUGAAAUUUUGGUGCUCGACCCUGUAGGAACUAUGACUGCCGUUGUACAACACACUCACUAUAUGCCUAAGAGGUGGCGUGGUAAGGAAAACAAAGAUGAUGUUCGUUUUGAGUUAGAGACUCUGUUUCAGUAUACUGGAAUGAUGUUGCUGGAGGAGAUAGCUUCGAUUUUCAUCACACCGUUUUUGCUGAUGUUUGUCGUGCCAAAGCGGGUUGAUGAUAUACUGCAAUUCAUCAAAGACUUUACAGUUGAUAUUGAAGGUGUAGGCAAUGUCUGCAGCUUUAGUGCUUUUGACUUCGAGAACCAUGGUAACACUAAAUAUGGUUCGCCACGCAAUGCUGCAUCUCGUGAGAAUCGAAGCUCUCAGGGAAAAAUGGAGAAAUCAUUCUUGAGUUUCCAGAGUAGUUAUCCGACAUGGGAAUCAGAUUCUCUAGGGAAGCAGUUUCUGUCAAACCUCAGAACAUUCAGGGACCAAAAGCUUCAAGAAAUAAACGCAAGACACUCAUCAUCUUCUCCUAGUAGACCAUGGCGAGAAACCCCUAUCCAUCGUCCUGGUCAUAUAGAUAAUAACAACAGCGUUUUAUACAGAGACGUUCCGAGAAAUCCACGCAAUCACGUUGACUCCAUGUGGCUGAUUGAUUCAGAUCAGAGGAGUCAUCCUUAUCUUCUUGACUGGUACUACACUUGUCAGCCUCACAACAGAACCAAUCAUCACCAACCGAUCUUGACUUCAAACCAAAACCCUGUGGAUGAUUGUUGGCCUCCUAACUUGGGAGUCCGUGGUGAAGACAUGGUAGCAAGCACAUCGGGUCAGUUCUUCUCAGAGAGCAGCAUUCUCCGCCAUCAUCACCAACCUGAUGGAGAUCAUCCUCAUCCUCCUUUAGAUGAUGGUAGGAGCCAGUGGUGGGGAAGAGGCGACCGUCCUCACAACAACGGUGCAACACUUCCCGCGACCGCCAAUAGCUUCAUCGAGCCACCUGAUUUCAUGAACCCUUACACAACGAGAAACUUGUUGGACAACUCAUGGGGCGGAAGAAGCAUUCAAGAAGAAGAAGAUUUGGAUUGGGAAGAGGAUGCGAGAAGAAAGCUGUCGAGAACUACAUUUAUGGAUGAUGAAGAUGGUGACAUUGAAGCUGGGAUUGAUCUCCAUUUCGAUGAUGUAUAUAGCUCAAGACCUACUCAUGAAACUUCAACAUCAAGCACACCACAUUAGGGUGAACAACAACAACAUUGAAGUUUUUGGAUUCAAAUUUGUUUCUUUUUCUUUUAAUGGUGUUGAAGGAAGAUAUAGAGAAUGCUUGUUAAAAGUUUUCUCUGGACUUGCCAAAAAAAUGUGGGGAAUAAUAAUAAAAAAAGAUUAUGUUUCAAGCUCAACACUAAAUGCAAUUCUUUAUUGUCC